GAGUCUCUUAUUCGGUGAGUUCUUCGCUUCUCCUCUCCUCUCUUCUCUCGCUCCCCCCUCCCCUCUCUCUAUCACACACACAGUUCCCUCUCUAUGGUCAGUCCCAUCCGGUCCUCUUUCUGGGCUUCAAAUCUCUCUUUGUUGUUGCAAUCGGUAUUCGAUUUGUAGCUGCUGGAUUGCAACCGUUGUUUGGAAAAAAAAACAAAUAUUCCCCCCAAAUCCAUUUCCUUCACUGUGUAUUAUUUUGCACCAAACUGUAAAUUUGUCAUCUUUCUCUUUGUCAAAUAUGCAUUAUAGGCUUGGAUUUGAUCUGUUGCAGCAACUGGACCUGUUUUGUUUAACAAAUUUAAAUAUCCUGCAUGGAGAUAGUGGAAAGGGUAUUAUGCAGACUUUGGAAAGGGAAGGCGUUAUCAGUGAUCUAUUAUUCAGUUGUUAGCUUGGCUCUUUGGGCAUGUAAGCUGAAUGUACGGGAUUUUUGGUACCCUUGAACAAGUUGACUCCUGCUGUUUUUUGUCGAACAGUGGUGCUUCUUGAUCUGUAAACCAUGUUAACUUCAUCUUUAUGCAAUAUUGUGGACUAGGACUAGCCCCUUUAACUCUUCAAAUAAAAGGUCUACUUGUGAUCUAAUGUUGCUAUACUCAAGUGAUUUGUUAUUGCCGUGUACUCCUGUGAUUUGCUGAAAGUUUUAGUUGUGUUCAAACUCAUGUUGUCACUUCAUUCAUAAAAAGAUCAAAGCAGUGGUAACUUCACCAAAAUGAGAAAUAGUGAUCAAACCAAAGUGAGUGCAGCCUUCCAAACACAGAGUUCAGCACUGACAUAUGCAGUCCAAGCCAGUGGCGGACCCAGAAAGUUUCAAAAGCCUGGGCAAAGAUUACAAAAGCUGAGGCUUGCCCAAUUGUUAUGUAUCCUGAAACGUAUUUUACUCCUAAAUUAUGUAUACAUGUCUAUAACUUACAACACGGGAGCCUGGGCAGCCGCCCGGGGUCGCCGGGCGGUGAGUCGGCCACUGGUCCAAGCCACAACCUAGACAACCAAUCACCAGCACAAUGCAGCCUGGCUCAGCAAUACUAGCAAACCAAACAUGAUUGCCUGCAUUCACACAAGCUGGCCACGCUUGGCCUGGUUCUACUCCCCAGCCACACUCAACCAAUCAGGCCCAUUCUGAAUGAGCCAGUGCUGCUUCUCUUCCCCACGACACAUGAAUAAUAAACUCGUGAAACAUGUUUUAGUCGUCCGAUCCAUCUUCUGGUGCAUCUUGACUGUUCAUAUUAACACCUUACCCCAUACUUCGGACUUCGGAGUCCCCUUAGGUUUUGGCCAUAACUACAUCACACAUCACACCACAUGAGCCGGAAAGUCAUUGAAACCCUCUUAUUAAAAAAAACUGAAGCAAUGUUGCCACCACCGCCAUGCCAUUGCCGCCACAGCCAGUCCGUCGCUCUUGCCCUAUCCUGUUAGCCGUCAACGACACCUGUGGUGUGACGAGGAUGACAUCAACAUGUGCGGCAAGGGUACCGUCUCUGCGGUGGGCGCCACAACGUGGCUGGGUGGGUUCGUGGGUUUCAGUACGCCCAGCGAAAUGCAGGACAUCGGGAGGACAUGCCGUUGUGUGCGCUGCUGUUAGCUUCAGACCAUGCAUUGACAUUCACAAGGGAAAAGUUAAACAGAUUGUUGGCUCUACUCUUCGGGAUUUAGCAAAUGAUAGCAUGGAACUUGUGACAAACUUUGAAUCAGACAAAUCUCCUGCAGAAUUUGCUAAAUUUUAUAAAGCAGAUGAACUUCUAGGAGGACAUGUUAUAAUGCUUGGCGCAAAUCCUUCAAGCCAGGCUGCUGCACUGGAGGCACUACGUGCAUAUCCUGGUGGUUUGCAAGUUGGAGGUGGGAUAAAUUUGGAGAAUGCAAUGUCUUACCUUAAUGAAGGGGCCAGUCAUGUGAUAGUGACCUCUUAUGUGUUUAGUGAUGGCAAGAUGAACACUGAAAGGUUAAGAAAACUUGUCGAGCUGGUUGGGAAACAGAGGCUCGUGCUGGACCUCAGUUGUCGAAAAAAGGAUGGCCGAUAUACCAUUGUAACUGACAGGUGGCAAAAGUUCAGUGAUGUGUUUGUGGAUGAACCAACAUUAGAAUAUCUCGCUGCCUUUGCAGAUGAGUUUUUGGUUCAUGGUGUUGAUGUGGAGGGCAAAAGGUUAGGAAUUGAUGAGGAACUUGUGGAACUAUUGGGGCACUAUUCACCAAUCCCAGUCACUUAUGCUGGGGGUGUGUCAACAAUGGACGACCUAGAGAGGAUAAAGAAAGCAGGCAAAAGUCGGGUAGAUGUAACAAUUGGGAGUGCUCUAGAUAUAUUUGGAGGAGAUUUGCCUUACAAAGAUGUUGUCCUUUGGCACAGGAAGCAAAGUAUGGUUGGUCAAGUGUGAAGAAACACAAGGUAUUGAUCAGUAUUACCAGUUCAUUUGAUUCAAGCUUCUGCACAAAGUAUAUUUUCUGAACAUUUUUGUUCAAAUAAUUCAGUUAGGCUAUCUCCAACAGAUCCUCUAUCUCAUCUCCUAUUUCAAACUAUUUUGCGUCCCCUAUUUUACACUACACUGGAGACAGUCUUCAGUGAUGUAAUUCAAAUCUGAGGAGCAUGACUUGUUUGGGUUUGGACACCAGGGUUGGCGCUAACUCAAAAGGUGGUCAAUUUGUGAGUAAUGUACUGUUCUUGACAGUUUCUGACCUCGAUUUGUCUAUUGUAACUGAAUAGGCUGAAUUGAUGCUGAUAGAUACAUUUUGCCUGCUACAACACUGACAUUCUGAUUUUUAAGUUCCUCGUUUGAGAAAAUAAUAAUAUUGAUGCAAAUUUUGGCUCUA